GUAACGCCUCACCCCAGCUACUCAACCAGCUCUCCGGCCAGCUCCCCGAGCAGCAGCCAGACAUCAGAGACACCUCCACCACUUCUCUUCAUCAGGCCACAGCCUCAACAGCACCUGCCUCUGGGGAGCAGCCAAAGAAACCUGUGAUGUACGCCAUGGAGAUCAACGUGGAGAAGGACAGAAAGACAGACACCAGGAUCCUGUCAGCGUCUGCAGUCAGCCCUGAUGAAGUGCCUGACUGCGGGGUCAAGGUUUUCGACGACGGCCGGAAUGUUGUCUACGAGGUCCGCUCGGGGGGGUCCUCUACCCUGGACAAUGGGGUUCACCGCUGGAGCUCCCAACAGGUGGAUGAGCUGAUGAAGCGGGUCGGGGCGACCAGCGGCUGUGCUCAGGGAGGCAAGGCUAAGGUCACUGUCAACCCCGCCGACGCUGAUGACCCCAAAAUCUCCCCCAGGUCCAUUGACCACUCCGCUGACCUCCCUACCAACUACACCUACACUACCCCCCCAGCGGUCCCUAGCUCUGCCACCACGGCCCACAAGAUGCCCCAGCCCCACGCCCCUAUCACCACCCAGCCUCCACCCUGCCGGGAGGUGAUAUACGAAGGUGAGGUGACGAAGGCUCCCCAGGCUACGGCAGAGAAGCCGAUCACGAUGAUCUUCAAUCAUAAUGUAGAUGACCAGGAUGAGACCAAGAGGCUGCUGGGAUUCAACGGCACGAUCAAGGCUGAGAUCGUCCUGAUUGAUGAGGACGAUGAGAAGUCGCUACGGGAGAAAACGGUGACAGACGGUUACUCCACCAUGGACGGCAACGCCGCCGACCUGGUGUCCGGCGCCCGGCCGCUCAGCGACACCACCGAACUGUCGUCGGAGGGGAAGGACGAGAGCUCUGCCACGGCCACCAAGGAACUCCCCUCCCCAGCAGUUAAAGGAUGGACUCCACAAGUCCCCAUGGCUCCAGGAAAGGGAAUCAUGUCUAAACCAGCCCUCACAGCUGUGAGGUCCUCCAAGGCAUCAGAGGAUGGCAGUGGUGAUCUGAAGAGAGACAGAACGGAGAGAAAGAGUGUCGGUUUCCUCAACUCUGUUCGUGUAAUCUCAGCGCUUGGCAGAGACAGCAGUACAACCACCAGCCCCAUGGAGGUGGAGGCCCACCCUGAGAGCUGUUACCCCAGCCAAGGGCUCAACGGCCAGAGCAACAAACACCAGCCCCAGCUCCUGGACAUUGAGGUAGCUCAUGAGAUAGCCUACCUAGAUGAGGUGUUGGAAGCUAACUGCUGUGACCCCGGGGUUGAUACCACGCCAUCACCCUCUAACGGGACGGCGACCACUGAGAAACACCCCAGGGAGGUCAACAUCGACGGGACUGGACCAUCUGUCAACAUCUCCAACACAGACACAACAUGCCAUGAGGUCAUAGUAGAGGGGAGAAAGCAGACUAUCUUCAUUGGACACCAGGAUGUCAAUUACACCAACAAUACCAAUAACACCUGGCCCAAUGGCCACUCUGGGCCAAUGGGAGGAAAGCAGGAGAACUACAGGAAGCAGGGAGGAGAGACAAUAUCCCCCACUAUGACCACCAUCAAGAAGGAAGCUCGUUUCGAGCUGCGGGCCUUCCAGGAGGAGAAGAAGCCGUCCAAGCUGUUCGACCCGUGUGAGAAGGAAGUGCGCGUGAAGAAGGUGCGUCCCUCGGAGGAAGUGGUAGAGCUGGAGAGGGAGAGGUUGGAGCUGAUCAGGGGCCAGGCGGUAAAGAAGAACCCAGACAUGGGGACAAAGUGGUGGAACCCUCCUCAGGAGAAGAGUCUGGAGGAGGAGCUUGAGCCAGACAAACUAGAGUCACACAGGAAGUACGAGGAGAGGAAGCAGCAGAGGAGGUCAGAGUUCACUGGUGGGAUGUCCCAGAUGUACGCCCAGUACUCCAUGACCUUUGACCCUAAGGCUAACCCUGAGGCUGGCCGCGACACGCCCGAGCUCUUCCAGAGCACCAAGGAGGACAUCCUGGUGGAACAGGUGGACUUCUCUACCGCCAGGAAGCAGUUCCUCCAGAUGGAACACGCAAGGCAGCAGGCAGCCGAGAGGUCACAGGUCACAGCUCCCAACUCGGCCAAGCCCUUCUCCAGAUCACCAGACACCGUGAUCCACGUGGAGCGAUCCUCCGAUUACGUCACUGUGGGCUACAGCAGUUACCAGGACUCACCACUAGAGGACAGCGACACAACCACCACAACAGUCCGGACAGAGAGGAUAUACUACAGCCCAGAAGGGUCCCAGUCCCCCACCUCUACCGUUGGGAGGGUCCUGGGUCUGGGACAGGGAGAGCCCAGUAAUAGUGGCCCCAAGGAGACCUCGAUGGAGAACAGAUACAGAGACGGAGACUUUACCUGCGCCAGGGCCGUCAUGACCAUCAUAAAAGAUGAGAAGGAUCCUCUGUCCCUCCAGCAUCAUUCCUCCUGGCUCCACAGCCCCAGCGCCUCUCUGUCCUCCUGCAACCCCAAAGAAUGUGACUCCGGGCUGGACGAGCUUUCCCUGCGGUCCCUGGAUAACUCUAUGCUGGAUACCCUGUCAAAAGACUUCAGCAUGAGUAACGCAUCCGACAGUGGGGCGUCAAAUGAGACCAUGUCGGCCUCCUACCUGGGGGAGUCGUCUCUGGGAGAGUACUCCUUCCCCUCCACCCCACAGUCCACUACACCCGUCAACGGAAAGAUGGAGGGAGGCACCACCAUGUCCCCUGGGGAGCAGAACGAGGUAAGUCAGGGUCUGUCGGAGCAAGAGCUGGAGUACCAUGCAGGUAUGCUGGUGCAGAGUAUCAUCCAGCACGCCCUGAUGAAUCAGAACCAGUCUCAGCAGGGUAAGGAGUGGCAGAGAGUCCCCCCCCUCCAGAUGAGGCACUCAGAUGCUCUACCUCCAUUUUCUGGGAACCUUUCAUCACUACCAACAGAGCAUCAGUCACUCACACAUCUAGACCUCCACUCUCCACCACCUCCCCAGCUCCACUCACCUCCAAGCCCUCUGCAGCAGUCACCAACACCCUUACAGACCCUCCAGUCAGCUCCACCCCAGUACCAGUCAACUCCAUCACCUCAGCCGCUGUCACCUCCACCCCAGCUCCAGCCCCUCCCAACCCAGGUAGAGAGACCUACCUAUGUCCAGGUAGAGAGACCUACCUAUGUCCAGAUGGAGAGACCUACCUACGCCCCCCUUCCACAGAGAUCUUCCUCUGGGGGUCCUAAGAUCCUCGUCCAGUCCGCACUCAGUCGCUCACUGGCCCUAAACCCAGACCCGGUCCCAGUCCGCACUCCUGUCCUCAUCCCUCCCCGUCCCAUAGAGCCCUAUCAGGCUCCAGAGCUGACCCGGACCCUGGGUGAAAAAGACCAGUUCAGCUACUUCUCUAAGUACUCCGAGGCAGCCGAGCUCCGCAGCACAGCCGCAGCGACCAGAGCCCAGGAGACAGAGCAGAGCACCGGGCCGUUCAAGCUGCGCUCCCGGAAACAGAGGACUCUGUCCAUGAUCGAGGAAGAGAUCCGAGCGGCGCAAGAGAGAGAGAAAGAGCUGAAGAAGCAGAGACUGGGAUCGGUGCGGUCAGGACCGGAUCCCAGAGCCAACCAGACUGGCAGACCAAAGACGAUGACUAUCAACCCCAGGGACAAGCACAAGACCAACAGCCUGCCCGCCAAACUCAGCCUCUCUGGGAGCCUGCCACCCACCAAACUCGCCCUCACCAGCAAGACGGCACCAGGUAAGAUAAAUCCUUCUGCAUCCCCCUCCUCGUCUGAGAAUUCCUCGCCCCUCUUGGACCUGGGCAGUGACGACUCUGGGGGCAGCGGGCGCCCCAAAAACUUCAUGCAGACCCUGAUGGACGACUACGAGACUCACAAAGUGAAGCGCCGGGAGAAAGUAGAGGACAACAGUGUGUUGGAGGCCACCCGCGUCACCCGCAGGAAAAGCAACAUGGCGCUGAGGUGGGAGGCGGGGCUUUACACUAACGAGGACGGAGAAGAAAAAGAGGAAGAGGAGUAGUAGUCUGUGACUAUCAGGGAUGGAAGGAGGAGGGACAUAGCAGCAACACAACUACAAGUAUUUAUUUUACUAAAGUAUUCUGAUCACAUGACCUGUCACACGAUCUACUGGAUGGACCAACCUGGAGCAUCAGCAAGCCUUGCCAACAGUGAAACGGAGAGACCAAUGGGAUAUGGCUGGUUGCCAAGUGACGGACAAGUAACCGUGACGACAACAACAGUGUGUUCGGGUCAUUUUGGAAUGUUUGGACUUUUCCAGAUAGAAGGUGUGUAAAGGACUGUGCAGAUGAUGACAACGAUGAGACAUACGCCAAGUGAUCCUGAAAUAUUAGAGACCAAUUUCGAGUCUCAUAGCAAAGGGUCUGAAUACUUAUGUAAAUAAGAUAUUUCAGUUUUUUAAAUAUUUAAUACAUUUACAACAACAGAAAUUAAAAUAAAAUACUGAAAUAUCAAAUUUACAUAAUUAUUGUCCCCUGAGUCAAUAAUUUGUGGAAGUAAAUUUGGCGGUGAUUAUUGCUGUGACUCUUUCUGGGUAGGUCUCUUUGUCCCUUAUUAUUUUUUAAAUUCUUCAAGCUCUGCCAAGUUGAUAGUUGAUCGUUGCUCUCCCAGUGUCUGCUGGAAAUGAAUCAGGUUUUCCUCAAGGAUUUUGCCUGUGCUUAUAGCCGUUUCAGUUUUUGUACAAAAAACUCCUUUGUCCUUGCUGAUGACAAGCAUACCCAUAACAUGAUGCAGCCACCACCAUGCUUGAACAUAUGAAGUGGUACUCAGUGAUGUGUUGUGUUGGAUUUGCCCCAAACAUAACUCUUUGUAUUCAGGACAGAAAGUUCAUGUCUUUGACACAUUUUUAUAGCAUUAAUUGAGUGCCUUGUUGCAAACAGGAUGCAUGUUUUGAAAUAUUUUUAUUCUGUACUGGCAUCCUUCUUUUCACUCUGUCAUUUAGGUUAGUAUUGUGGAGUAACUACAAUGUUGUUGAUCCAUCCUCAGUGUUCUCCAAUCACAGACAUUAAACUCUGGAACUGCUUUAGAGUCACCAUUGGCCUCAUGUUGAAAUCUCUGAGCAGUUUCCUUCAUCUCCAACAACUGCGUUAGAAAGGACGCCUUUGUCUUUUUAGUGACUUGGUGAUACGCCAUCCAACGUCUAAUUAAUAACUUCACAAUGUUAUUUUUUUUUAGAUCUAGCAAUCGGGGCUUUGUGAGGCAUUGAAACACCUCCCUGGUCUUUGUGGUCGAAUCUGUGCCUGACAUUCAUUACUUGGUUAAGGGUCCUUACACAUAAUUGUAUGUUUGGAGUACAGAGAUGGGGUAGUUAUUAAGAAAUCAUGUUAACCACUAUUAUUGAACACUGAACUUAUUACAAAAUGUGUUAAUUAAGCACAUUUAUAACUCCUGAGCAUAUUCAGGCUUACCAUAACAAAGGAGUUGAAUACAUAUUUACUCAAGACAUUUCAUCUUUUCAUUUCUUAUUUUUUAUUAAUUUUAAAAAUGUUCUACAAACAGAAUUCCACUUUGACAUUAUGGGGUAUUGUAUGUAGGCCAGUGAUACAAAAUGACAAUUUAAUCCAUUUAAAAAUUCAGUCUAUUACACAACAAAAUGUGGAAAAAGUCCAGGUGUGUAAAUACUUUCUGAAGGCAGUGUACAAUACGACAAUAGAAUGAACUACCAUGGGGACACUCAAAAUGGCCGCUCAUUACGACAAUAGAAUGAACUAACAUGGGGACACUCAAAAUGGCCGCUCAUUACGACAAUAGAAUGAACUACCAUGGGGACACUCAAAAUGGCCGCUCAUUACGACAAUAGAAUGAACUACCAUGGGGACACUCAAAAUGGCCGCUCAUUACGACAAUAGAAUGAACUACCAUGGGGACACUCAAAAUGGCCGCUCAUUACGACAAUAGAAUGAACUACCAUGGGGACACUCAAAAUGACAAUAGAAUGAACUACCAUGGGGACACUCAAAAUGGCCGCUCAUUACGACAAUAGAAUGAACUACCAUGGGGACACUCAAAAUGGCCGCUCAUUACGACAAUAGAAUGAACUACCAUGGGGACACUCAAAAUGGCCGCUCAUUACGACAAUAGAAUGAACUACCAUGGGGACACUCAAAAUGGCCGCUCAUUACGACAAUAGAAUGAACUACCAUGGGGACACUCAAAAUGGCCGCUCAUUACGACAAUAGAAUGAACUACCAUGGGGACACUCAAAAUGGCCACCCAUUACGACAAUACGGCGAUACGACGAUAUGACAAUAAGACAAUACGACAAUAAGACAAUAGAAUGAACGACCAUGGGGACACUCGAAAUGGCCGCCCACUAUGGCAUCAUUCUGAUUCUAUGGAUGAGACACAAUACAUGUCGGGGGAGAUUUAUUUCUAGACUAACACUGUUCAAAGCAAUAAUCAUUCUACUGGUUUCCAAACUGUCUGUGUGUCGUAGUAUUCGAAUGUCAGAUAUUUAUUUUCUUUUUUUUAAUCCUCUGAUCAUUUAUAUUGGCAUUGCUUGUUUAAUUGCUCUCUUCUCUGAUGUAAGCAGUUUUGAAGUUUAACAUAAUGAAAUAGGAGGGAUGUGUGUAUUUGAUCUCUAGAAGAAAUGUUCUUAUGUUUGCUUCUGGUGUGCAGGGGAAUAUUGCAAUAAUAUCUCUGCAAAUUGUUUAACUCUUGACCUUGCCUCUUGACCUUGCCUCUUGACCUUGCCAGCUAAGGGAAAGAAUGGUGAGGGUUAUGUUGGGUUUUAAAAAAAUAUUUUUUAAAUGCUUUUUGGAGAUAACACCAUUGUGAUACAAAACAAUGUAUUGGAGUUGCUAGAUUGGAUCAAGGACUACACACUUUCAAAGCACCACAAUCUAUUGACGUCAAUAGAGAUAUUUUGCAUUAUAUAAAUAGAACACUUUUUUUUAAAUCCGGAAGUCAUGUCUAUCAAAGGGGUACAUCUUUUUCAUUACACAUUUAAGUAUUUAUCUAAACGUGGAGACAUCCAAUUGCUCUAUGUCCAGCUCUAUGUUUGAAGUCAAGCUCUACUGUAAGUCCAGCUCUAUGUCCAGCUCUAUGUCCAGCUCUAUGUUCAGCUCUAUGUCCAGCUCUAUGUCCAGCUCUAUGUUUUAAGUCAAGCUCUACUGUAUGUCAGCUCUAUGUCCAGCUCUAUGUUUUAAGUCAAGCUCUAUUGUAUGUCCAGCUCUAUGUCCAGCUCUAUGUCCAGCUCUGUUUUAAUUCAAGCUCUAUGUCCAGCUCUGUUUUAAGUCAAGCUCUACUGUAUGUCCAGCUCUGUUUUAUGUCAAGCUCUACUGUAUGUCCAGCUCUAUGUCAAGCUCUACUGUAUGUCCAGCUCUAUGUUUUAAGUCAAGCUCUACUGUAUGUCCAGCUCUAUGUUUUAAGUCAAGCUCUACUGUAUGUCCAGCUCUAUGUUUUAAGUCAAGCUCUACUGUAUGUUCAGCUCUAUGUUUUAAGUCAAGCUCUACUGUAUGUUCAGCUCUAUGUUUUAAGUCAAGCUCUACUGUAUGUUCAGCUCUAUGUUUUAAGUCAAGCUCUACUGUAUGUCCAGCUCUAUGUUUUAAGUCAAGCUCUACUGUAUGUCCAGCUCUAUGUUUUAAGUCAAGCUCUACUGUAUGUCCAGCUCUUUCAUAGCAAAUUCAGAACAAGACAUAGAAGUAUUAACUUCUCUAAAUGGACUGAAUGAACUGAAACCAGAGAUGAUUAGACAACGGCCCGGAUAACAAUCAUGCUGUUAUUGACCGACAGACACUACAACAACAAACAUGCUGUUUUACUCUGUGGAUGUUGUUCUCCUAAAUGAGGGCCCUGCCAGCUCUACCGUCCCACAAACCAGGUUCUGAGAACUGUUUAGGGAAGUAGGCCAUGUACCGUGGCCCUCCGAGCCCACAGAACGUUCUAGGCAUGCUCCAAGUCCGUUCAUCUCCCUGACAAAGCACAGGGGCCGCGUUCCAAAUGAUAGUGAUCAGGGCAUGGUCAAAUGAAGUGCACUAUACAAGGAAUAGGGAGUCAAUUGGGGACGUGUCCACAAUCAAUAAUAUUAUUUUUGUGUUUCUUAUUGUGUUCUAGAAAAUCUUCUUUUUUUUUUACAUUGAAAAGUAUUUCAUGGGAUAUCACUAUUGUGUUUCAUGGGAUAUCACUAUUGUGUUUCAUGGGAUAUCACUACUGUGUUUCAUGGGAUAUCACCAUUGUGUUUCAUGGGAUAUCACUAUUGUGUUUCAUGGGAUAUCACCAUUGUGUUUCAUGGGAUAUCACUAUUGUGUUUCAUGGGAUAUCACUAUUGUGUUUCAUGGGAUAUCACCAUUGUGUUUCAUGGGAUAUCACCAUUGUGUUUCAUGGGAUAUCACCAUUGUGUUUCAUGGGAUAUCACCAUUGUGUUUCAUGGGAUAUCACCAUUGUGUUUCAUGGGAUAUCACCAUUGUGUUUCAUGGGAUAAAGAAGCUUUGAUUGGAUGUUUCUGCUUAAGUCUGACGACACAUGGGAGAGUGUGUUUCUCUGAUUCUAAUGUGUGUGUGGCAACAGUGUUAACUGAGUGACAAUGUUGCUGUGAUGACAUACAUACAGUAUUCUGUUUGCCUUGGGGGAGAGUGAGAGAGGGAAGAGGGCGAGAGAAGGGAGAGAGAGGGAAGAGGGCGAGAGAAGGGUGAGAGAGAGGGAAGAGGGCGAGAGAAGGGUGAGAGAGAGAGGGAAGAGGGCGAGAGAAGGGUGAGAGAGAGAGGGAAGAGGGCGAGAGAAGAGUGAGAGAGAGAGAGGGAAGAGGGCGAGAGAAGGGUGAGAGAGAGGAGGGGAGAGGGAAAGAGCAUGACUUGAACUUCCUAAGAUUGUCAGGGAAGUUGAACUAAGAUUGACCUGUGAACAAGGAAGUGGAACAUAGUGCAGUACAUAAUCACGCUGAUAUUACUGAAAGACAUUGUUGAUAGUUUAACAUGAUGAACAGGUAGACAAGGUUUUUCUAUCGGAAAAUAAUCAUUUUAACUCACAAAAGUAGAGGUUUGUUUUAUCGCCUGGUAGCUUUGAUGUGUAUGGGAGACGUUUUUUAUGAGAGACUAUUUUUUUUAUUUGUGCAGUGGAAAAUACACUAAAGGAAAAUAGUUUUCCCGAGGCCUGUAUUAAAAUGGCGUGUACAGUCAUGUUAACAAGCUGUGUAUGUGUAUGUGUCCAUGUGUGGGAUGGUCCUCAGCGUGGUACAUCCACAACAGAUAAAUAUGCAAGUCAAGGUAAGUAAUAGGAGUGUCUGCUUUUCUAGCUUCACAUCACAAUGCUAUUUGAUUAGCAUAAGACUAUAUGUAUUACUGCAAAUCCAAAUUGUGUCUGCUAUUUUGCCAAAUGUCUUUCAAAUGUACAUGUGUCUCUUAAUAUGAGAAUGCUUCUUGGGCGUAUGAUACAAAAACAACACAAAUCUUAGAAUUAAAUCAAGCUGAAGUUGGUCUCGGGAACUUGAAAAGAAAGUAGUAAUUUCUUGAAUUAAUAAAUGAGUGUUGAGUGUUUAUAUUUGGUGGGAUAAUGCAGUUUGCCAUGAGUGAAUACAAAACCAUUUAAGGGUCUGGGAACAAAUGAGGAAGUAGCAGAACAGCGAUAACACACUAUACAGUAAUAAUGUAAAUGCCAUGUAGAGCACAUUUGCAAGUGUUAAAUUCUUGGUAUAAAGGGUUAUGAAUGGAAUAUCUGAGUGUUGAUUCUAGUAGGGUAAACACCAGUGGAAUAUCUGAGUGUUGAUUCUAGUGCGGUGAACACCAGGGUUAUAUCUGAGUGUUGAUUCUAGUGGGGUGAACACCAGGGUUAUAUCUGAGUGUUGAUUCUAGUGGGGUUAACACCAGGGUUAUAUCUGAGUGUUGAUUCUAGUGGGGUUAACACCAGGGUUAUAUCUGAGUGUUGAUUCUAGUGGGGUUAACACCAGUGUUAUAUCUGAGUGUUGAUUCUAGUGGGGUUAACACCAGUGUUAUAUCUGAGUGUUGAUUCUAGUAGGGUUAACACCAGGGUUAUAUCUGAGUGUUGAUUCUAGUGGGGUUAACACCAGUGGUAUAUCUGAGUGUUGAUUCUAGUGGGGUUAACACCAGGGUUAUAUCUGAGUGUUGAUUCUAGUGGUGUUAACACCAGUGGUAUAUCUGAGUGUUGAUUAAGAUUGCUUUAUUUAUAGUUAUAACCGCAAAAGGCUUUGCUAUACUAUUUUACCAUAAAUACCACCAUCCUAUGAUGCGAUAAAGAAGCAAUCAUAUUCAUGUGUAAAACCCUACCUACGUUUGUGGAGUAGACCCAUGUAUGUUUAUAUUCUGGUUCAGUUGUUUUAGUAGUAGGCUACUGGUAUUCACAGUAAUACGCCUAUAUAAUUAUUUUGUCAUUAAAAAGAAAAUCUGUAAUUUUGUGA